UUUCUGCUCACGCACAGGCGUUUGCUGUGUUCCGUUCACAGAGCAUACCUCUGCCUUGCAGAAGGUGAAGUCUGGCGAAGCAUUGACAACGUGUGCAGUGUCGCCAGCCCGGGGUGUGUGCAGCAGUUGCGCACGAUACGAGCAUGGUAAUGUUCAAAAACCGAAGUACCGCUGUUGCGGCGGCGCUCCUGCUUGCCCACCAUCGACACGGAAACAUGCCGCCUCUUGCGGCAGGCUUCGUUGCACCCACCCCGAUCGCCGCUCAGCCGCAGCGGCGGCUUCCACCCUGGUGUGAACCCGUAUCGUUUCCGCCUGCUUGGGACUCGUCAAGGCCAGUGCCGGCAAGUAGCAAGCCGCCGGCUUCCAACUGCAACUACCGCUCCUGCGCCGUGCGAGGUGUUCGACCAACGAGCGCAACGACUUCCCACGCUGGUGCUUCUCCUUCCGGCAGCAGCACGCCGAAGACCGGUGCCAACGGCCCGGGCGCAGGGUCGGCUACUUCUUCAUCACCUAGUGCGGUUGUCACGCAGGCAGUGGAAGGGAGCGAGCACCCAGCAGGCGGGUUCGCAAAUGGAGCUUUGAUCCCAUUGUCAACAGAGGGAGGCAGCAGUAGCGGGGCAGAAGGAGCAACGGCGGUACGAGUAGGUAAGUGGGGGGAGGCGGCGGAAGGGAACUUGGCGGGAGAGUUUGAGUGGGAGGGCGGGGCAGAGGCUGCAUGGACCGAGUUCGAGGACUGGCUCCUUCAAGACACGUACUCGAGAUACGCAAUCGGUUCAGGGAAACACGUACUGUGGCGGCGCAUGGUGCGAGAGGUGCCCGAGCUCAUGGAGCGGACUCCGCAGGAGGCGCGGGAGAGAUGGUUGAGACUCACGGGGAGGCUCAGCGCGGGCGGCGCAGAGGGAGGGAGCCGGAGAGAAAGGGGGGAGGUUAUGGCAGGCUCACCGGCAUUAGACAACUUUUACAUUCAGCCUCCCGUGCUGGAGCAAUGGGAGGAAAUCGUCGAGGGCGAGGGAAUGGGUUCUUUCCGCGGAAACGUGUUUGGGCAGCGAGGCUUGGCCGACGGGACGGCGAUGACCACAGCGCCGAUCGACAUUUCGGGCAGGAAAAUACAAGACCAGUACGUGGCCACGCAGUGCGGCGUGGUAUACGAGCUGGGAGAGAGACGAGAGACAGACUUGGUCAGCCAGGCGUCUUCAAAGAUGCUCAAGAUUGCCCCGGCCACUGUGCUGGCGCUCGCUGGAGCAUUCUACGCCUUGACAGCCCUGUCGCACCACAUUCAAGUCGAGGUCUUCGUCAUUUGAUGGAAGGCCAGUCGUCAAACACUAUAUAUAGAUAAAAGCCUCCGAUUGCAGUAGUAGAAAGUGGUAAAUGUUUUGGCUUGGGGCGGCGUUUGAGUGCAAUGUGAGCUGCGCACGUCUGUCACAGUAUGCACAACACAAGUCCUGCGUUGGGUUGAAGCCUCUUAGGAGUUGAUGCUUGCGGGAACCAAGGUAUACCUGGAGGUGUUCGAGAGGGUUGAUGCUAGCGUUCUUGUUUUGUGUUUUACGAGGUUACGAAAGUGGGUUUGGCAAGUAGAUUGUAGUUCCGUUUGAUAUGCUCAGGGGUGGUUUUGUGUCGGGAGCGAGAGUCGGGAGUGGAGGGGGGGCAGGCGGGCGAACUACUAGUUCCUCCCACGGUUUUACGUAGUUAAACCCUAAGGCAUUGGUUCAGGUGGCCAUGGAACUGCGGAACAGCCCGGGUUUGUUUCUCCCGAGAAGGGUGUGGACGAGAGAUUUUUUUUUUUUGUAAUCAUAGACUAGCCCAACUGGAUGUGUUUGGCCCUCUACACUUG